ACCGGAACGGACGUGGAAAUCGGAAACACAAAAUUAUUUUCUCUAAAUUGUGGUGGAAAUUCAAGAGGAAAAUUGUGUGGCAUUCAGCCUUGGAUUAAGUGGAGUGUCAGAGUUUGAUAAAAAUAAAAAUAAAAUAAAUGUAUGUAUUCAGUGUAAUAAUUGAGUGUUAGUUGUAAUAAAUUUAUGAAAACCAAGUUAAUGAGAGAUGAAAUUUUAUCAAUGAAUCGGUUAGCCAAUCAGUGAUAUUGAAUUUGUUGCUGCUAAGAAUCAUCUUGAGAACAAUUGGUUUCAUUAGGAUGUGCCAAACACUGAGUCAACAGUGAUAAAGAAACACGUUCAGCAAAAGUGCAUUCAACGGCGCGGAAUUAGUUGCAGUUCUAUAGAUUAGUGCACUAUAGUGGUGCAUGUGUUCCGUUUGCUGUAAUACCCUGUAAAUUGCGCGCCCUUGGUGGUAUUAACGUGUGUAGUGGAACUAUUUGAGCAAAUAUUCCAGCUGUAUUGUUGUGCACACUAGCGCGGAGACGACGACUACGUCGACCACCACGUACUAAGAGGUGUACUAAGUGCAGUGAAAAAAAUAAUACAAAAAACCAACAAACGGUACGUCGUUAAUUUGCAAACCAAAGUGCAUUUGCUGACUGUUUUGUUGGUACUCGUUUGAUGGGCCGUUAUUGUGUAUGAGUUGCACGACGUAGCACGCAGUGAAUAUGACGGCGAUGAUCUGGUGAUGAUGCAAUCUUCUCAGUAGUGCCAACAACUGAUACAAGCUGUACUUACUUGUGGCAUGAGUGUGGAUUAGUGAGUCGACCAUUUUGGGACAAAUGUGGAAAAAUCAAAACGUAAAGUGUCAAUCAAAUGAAGGAAAUUUACAAAAAUGAGUAAACUUUGCUGUUUGAAGAACUUAAAUAAUAAGUGGAUGAACAAUAACAGUGUUAAAUAAGUAGUGAAAUACGUAGUGAAAGUUACAGUUCCUCACUGGAUUACAAAUAAAGCGAAAAGCUGCAAAAAGCACAAUGGGAAUGACCAAACAGCAGCAACAGCUCCAGCACAGUCUGUCCCAUCGACAGUCACAAAAGUCUCACAACAGUGGCAACGGAGGUGGUGGCGGUGGCGGCGGCAGUGGCAACAACAACUCUUCGUCCCAACAGCACCUGCCCAAAAAACACACCGUCCACUGGUUCCGGAAGGGGCUCCGGCUGCACGACAAUCCCGCCCUACGGGAAGGCCUCAAAGAUGCUGCUUCAUUAAGGUGUGUGUUCGUAAUUGAUCCCUGGUUUGCCGGAAGCUCCAAUGUUGGCAUCAACAAGUGGAGAUUCCUGCUGCAGUGCCUCGAAGAUCUGGACCGGAAUCUGCGCCAACUAAACUCGCGCCUCUUUGUGAUCCGGGGCCAGCCGGCCGAUGCUCUGCCCAAGCUGUUCAAGGAGUGGGGCACGACAUGUCUGACCUUCGAGGAGGACCCGGAACCGUUCGGGAAGGUGCGUGACCACAACAUCUCCGAGAUGUGCAAGGAGCUGAACAUCGACGUCAUUUCGGCCGUCUCGCACACCCUGUACAAGCUGGAGAGAAUCAUCGAAAAGAACAACGGCCGGGCCCCGUUGACCUACAACCAGUUCCAAGCGAUCAUCGCCUCGAUGGACGCUCCGCCGCAGCCCGAGCCGGCGAUCACGUUGGCCGCCAUUGGACGCGCCGUUACACCCCAGUGUGAUGACCACGACGACAAGUACGGCGUGCCAACGCUGGAGGAGUUGGGCUUCGAAACCGAAGGUCUCAAACCGCCCAUUUGGGUGGGCGGUGAAACGGAAGCGCUGGCCCGACUCGAGCGGCAUCUGGAACGUAAGGCGUGGGUAGCGUCCUUUGGACGGCCCAAAAUGACCCCACAAUCGCUGCUGGCCAGUCAGACCGGGCUGUCCCCGUACCUCCGGUUCGGAUGUCUCAGCACUCGCCUGUUCUACUACCAACUGACUGAUCUGUACAAGAAAAUCAAAAAGGCGUAUCCGCCACUCUCGCUGCACGGGCAACUCUUCUGGCGGGAGUUCUUCUACUGUGCGGCCACCAAGAAUCCAAACUUUGACAAGAUGGCCGGCAAUCCGAUCUGCGUGCAAAUUCCGUGGGAUCGGAACGCGGAAGCACUGGCCAAGUGGGCCAGCGGCCAGACCGGAUUUCCCUGGAUCGACGCCAUUAUGACGCAACUGCGCGAGGAAGGUUGGAUUCAUCACCUGGCCCGGCAUGCUGUGGCCUGUUUCCUCACCCGGGGUGACCUCUGGAUCUCGUGGGAGGAGGGUAUGAAGGUAUUUGAGGAGCUGCUGCUGGACGCGGAUUGGUCGGUGAAUGCUGGCAUGUGGAUGUGGCUGUCGUGUUCGUCCUUUUUUCAGCAGUUCUUCCACUGCUACUGUCCGGUCAAGUUUGGACGGAAGGCGGAUCCGAAUGGGGAUUAUAUCCGGCGGUAUUUGCCGGUGUUGAAGAACUUCCCAACCCGUUACAUCCACGAGCCCUGGAACGCCCCGGAAAGUGUCCAACGGGCAGCCCGUUGCAUCAUCGGCAAGAACUACCCCCUCCCGAUGGUGAACCACGCGAUCGCCAGCCGGGCCAACAUGGAGCGCAUCAAACAGGUGUACCAACAGCUGGCCAAAUAUCGCAGCCCAUCCCACAACAGCAGCUCCCUACCAGCUUCCGCAGAGUGUGGCACGGAGAAGGGUGGAUCUGCCAUUGCCGGCGUAAUGACCGCGGCCAAAGUGCAGCACAUGAACGCGAGCAGUUUGAACGAUAGUCCGAGUCCGACCACGAUCAUGACCAGUGUCAACAGUUCGGGAAACUACAUGUGCCGGAGCAAUCCAUCCGCACAAAGCGAGUACCAGCAUCAAGAUCAGCAACGUCACCACCACCACCUCCACCAACAACAACAGCAACAGCAACAACAGUCGCAGCAGCGUAGGUCACCGGGUCGUCAACACUCGGGCGAUCAUCAGUAUAACAAUCUGCUAUCACACCAGCAACAGCACCAGCAGCAGCAGCAGCAACUGGCCAGUUCCGCAUACAUCAAACCGGAAAAUCCGAGCAUGGCGGUCAACCACAACAGCACCGGCAACUCGACCAACACCAACACCACCAACGACGACCUAAUGAAUGCACACUUCAAUACGCUGCAAGAUCAACUCAACAACAGCAUGUCCACGCUGGGCGGCUCGUCCGAGUACGAACGAAACCAGGAAAAUCUGUACAACAGUCAGUUCAAAGUGGAGUACUCGGACAACUUCAACUCCGGCUAUGGCAUGAGGAACACCGAGUUCUACGGCUGCCGGCGGGACGAUGACCCGGUGCUGCACUUUCACCAGGAGAAACAGCAGCAUCACCAGCAACAGCAAAACCAGAACCAGAACCUCGACGAAGGAAGUUAUAAGCAACCUCUGAAGCCGUUAUCCCCGGACGGGCAACAGCAGAACGCGAUCGCCGAAUGCCACCGGAGACAGCAGCAGUUGAACGCUGCUGACCUGCAGCAACAGCAAAAUCAGCAGCAGCAGCAGCCGAUGCAGCAAUCGCCCUGUGGCGAGGACAAACUGUCCACGGUCGACUAGGUUUCGAGUUGCGUUGUGUUGCUAUAGUUGUAGGCUUCUAGAAUUAUUCAAGCUGAUAUACUUGUCGUGAUGCUGUUACGGGAGUUUCCGGUUUGAACUAAUAAAUUACUGUUUUUCGCGAGUGAUGAA